AUGGCGGCGACGGCUGCCGCGGUGGUGGCGGAGGAGGACACGGAGCUGCGGGACCUGCUGGUGCAGACGCUGGAGAACAGCGGGGUCCUGAACCGCAUCAAGGCUGAACUCCGGGCAGCUGUGUUUUUAGCACUAGAGGAGCAAGAAAAAGUAGAGAACAAAACUCCUUUAGUUAAUGAGAGCCUGAAAAAGUUUUUAAAUACAAAAGAUGGCCGGCUGGUGGCCAGUCUCGUUGCCGAAUUUCUUCAGUUUUUUAAUCUUGACUUUACCUUGGCAGUUUUUCAGCCUGAAACUAGCACAUUUCAAGGUCUUGAAGGUCGAGAGAAUUUAGCCCGAGAUUUAGGAAUUAUUGAAGCCGAAGGUACUGUGGGUGGACCCUUAUUAUUAGAAGUGAUCAGACGCUGUCAACAGAAAGAAAAAGGGUCAACCAGUGGAGAAGGUGCACUGGACCUGUCUGAUAUACAUUCUCCACCAAAGUCACCAGAAGGAAAAACAGAUGCACACACUCCUCCCAGUAAGAUACCAAGGUAUAAAGGACAAGGUAAGAAGAAGACAAGCGGGCAGCAGUCUGGUGCCAAGAAGGCCAGCAAUGAUGCCAGUCACAGCGAUACCAGUAUCUCAUCAUCAGAGCCAAAGAGCAGAAGUAGUCUUCACUUGCUGGCCCAUGAAGCUAAAAUCGGGUCCUUGUUAGGCAACAGCAGUCUCGAUGUCAACGCCAAAGCGGAUCCUGGUCCAGAUGAAGAUGACCUGGAAGGGGAUUCUUUCUUUGAUGACCCCGUUCCUAAACCAGAAGCAGCGUACGGUUGGAGAAGUGAACCCAGUAAGCAAGCAGGAAGCCUUGCAUCGCUGUCUGAUGCGCCCCCCCUAAAAAGUGGACUCAGCUCCCUUGCUGGAGCCCCUUCAUUGAAAGAGUCUGAAAGUAAAAGGGGAAACCCAAUUCUAAAAGAUGUUAAAUUGGUCAAUGAUAAAAUUGGAUCACUUGGAUUAGGGACUGGAGAAGAAGAUGACUAUGUUGAUGAUUUUAAUAGCACCAGCCAUCGUUCAGAGAAGAGUGAGCUGAGUAUUGGGGAAGAGAUUGAGGAGGACUUCUCUGUGGAAAUGGAUGACGCCAACACCAGUGACAAACUUGAGGACCUGACACAGGACCUGACCGUGUCCCAGCUCAGUGACGUCGCCGAUUACCUGGAAGACGUGGCCUAG